CCAAGCUCUUCUCUCUAAAUUUGAAAUGGCAACCAACAUCACAUGGCACGAUGGAAACGUCUCCAAGGAGGAGCGUGCAACUUUGCUCGGACAGAAGGGUCUCACAAUCUGGUUUACCGGUUUGUCUGCCUCAGGAAAGUCCACUCUUGCCACUGCUCUCGAGCAGACUCUUCUUCACGCCAAGAUCUCCAGCUACCGCCUUGACGGUGACAACAUCCGCUUCGGAUUGAACAAAAACUUGGGCUUCGGACCUGACGACCGUACCGAGAACAUUCGACGAAUUGCUGAGGUUGCCAAGCUCUUCGCUGACUCCACUUCUAUUGCAUUGACUGCUUUCAUUUCUCCUUACCGCGCUGAUCGUGACGCAGCUAGAAAACUUCACCAGGAUGCUGGUAUUCCUUUCAUUGAAGUUUAUGCUGAUGCUCCUCUUGACGUUGUUGAAAGCCGUGACCCCAAGGGUCUCUACAAGAAGGCCAAGGCUGGUGAAAUCAAGGAAUUCACCGGUAUCUCAGCACCUUAUGAAGAGCCUCUCGCUCCUGAAGUUCAUAUCCGCACCGAUCAACUCUCUAUAGAAGAGGGUGUUCAAAAGAUCGUCCAAUACCUUGUUGCCCAAGGCCUUGUAGACCAAUCCAAGUUGCAAUAGAUUCCAUUAUAAAUAAACGCUUUACUUUCUUUAUUUCUUGAACCAUGAUAGA